AGCUGUGUGUUGAGACGUGAUUGGUAAACUCUAUUUCCUGGUAUACACAUGAAGUGAACACUCUUCAUGUAACAUCCGCAUCUACUGCUCUGCAAGACGAGACGAGACGGCAUAAUGGCUGAUAAAGAGAAAGACGUGCCAGUGGUUGAGGAUGAAGAUGAGCCUGAUCUGAACUACCAGCCUCCAGCGCAGAAGAGUCUUCAGGAGAUCCAGGAAAUGGACAAGGAUGACGAAAGCCUGACCAAGUACAAGCAAACCCUCCUGGGCUCUGGACCUGUGGUGGCAGAUCCCACCAUUCCUAAUGUUCAGGUGACCCGGCUGACUCUGAUGUGUGACCAGGCCCCUGGACCCAUCACUAUGGAUCUGACAGGUGACCUCAAUGCUUUGAAGAAGAAGAACUUCACCAUGAAGGAGGGGGUCGACUACAGGGUGAAAAUCCACUUUAAGGUCAACAGGGACAUCGUGUCUGGAUUGAAAUAUGUGCAUCAGACCUACAAGAAAGGAAUCAGAUUGGAUAAGGCGGUCUAUAUGGUAGGCAGCUACGGUCCGAGAGCCGAGGAGCAUGAGUUUAUGACCCCGGUGGAGGAGGCCCCAAAAGGCAUGAUCGCCCGGGGAAGCUACCAUAUCAAAUCCUACUUCACAGACGAUGACAAGACAGACCACCUGUCAUGGGAAUGGAACCUGCAGAUCAAAAAAGACUGGGACAGCGCAGAGUAAAGAGCAUCAUAAGUCUCUCCCAGAUCUACAGCGACACCACUGAUGUUUCAAACAGACUUAGGCUAGCUAGACGCGCAGCUGGAGUCGGCUUUGCUAAUGGUUACAUAAUUAGUCAAAUAUAUAUAAAAAAAAUGAAGAAAAUUAAGAUAUUCUUACAUAUUAGUUGUAAUCAACAGUGAGGACAUACAGUGACUGGCAGGGUAUUAGAGGCGACUUAGUACUUAAAGGGAUAGUUCACCCCAAAAAAUGAAGAACAUCUGUCAUUAUUUACUCACCCUCCAUUUGUUUCAAUGAGUUCUGAUGAACUCAAAAGAAGUUAUUUGGAAGAAUGUUGGAAACCUGUAACCAUUGACUUCCACAGAAGGAAACACAAAUACUAUGGAAGUCAAUGGUUACCCAUUUCCAACAUUCUUUAAAAUAUCUUCUUUCAUGUUCAACAGAAAAAAAAAGAAACUCAUAAAGGUUUGGAACUACUUGAGGGUGAGUAAAUUUUCCUUUUUUGGGAGUGAACUGUCCCUUCGAUAACCAACAAAUGAAAUCCCUCAUGCCUGUACGCUCAGGUUAGUGUAUACUGUAAAUGUAAAUAUCACAGCGUAUGUAUUCUUGCGAUGCAUUUUGAGCUCUUCAACAGAGCCAGAUCAGUGCAUGCGUGAACGUGAAGCCAUCGUGUCCGCAAUGGCUCGUUUCUUGUAUUGAUGACGUAAUCAGCCUGCUGUUUUCUGAGUAAUUCAUGUGUAGAACGUGGUUUGUACUAAGUGUUGCUUGUCCAUAAGGUAUUUCUAAACAUUAACCCCCUUCGAAAAAGACCAGCUUAUACUAGCGGCUGUUUACAAGUUGCUCAAACAGCAUUUUUGGCUAACUUGCUGUUAACAAAUUUGCAUAAAAAUGCAUUUUUUUUGGUGAUUUGCUGGUCUUUUCAGCUGGAAAACCCAUAGUCAAGCACCCUUGUCAUUCCUUGAAAGAGUUUAAAGGGAUAGUUUACCCAAAAAUGAAAAUCUGCUAAUGAUUUGCUUAACUUGAGACCACCCAAAAUGUGAUUAUUUUCCCAUUAGUAGGACAUUUAAACGGACAGUUCACCCAGAGCUGAAUAUUCAGUCAUCAUUUACUUUACAUCCCUUUACCCUUUACAUCCAACAAGCUCAUUUGAGUUUCCUUUUUCUGUUAAACACAAAAUAAGAUAUUUUGAAAAAUGUUGGAAACCUCCAACCCUUGACUUGCAUAGUAUUUGUUUUUUCUACUAUGGAAGUCAAUAGUUACCCAUUUUUAACAUUCUUCAAAAUAUAUAUUUUUGUGUUUAACAGUAAAAAGAAACUCAAACGGGUUUGGAACCACUUGACUGAGAGUAAAUAAUAAUAAUACAUUUUUAUUUUGGGUGAACUAUCUAUUUAAAGGAGAUUUUUAGUUUGAACCUGUGGUCCUCUGUGAGUCACCAAAUGCAACUCAAUGGCUACUGGUACUUUGAGAGUAAAUAAAAAAUAUAUACAUAAAAUACAUACAUUUGCAGGCAGAACAAAAUGAAUACAUGAGGCUCUUGUCAGUACAUUGAAGUUAAAUGAGGAGCAACAAUCGGUUAAUGCAAGAAACUGAGCACUAUUUACAACAUUAUUACCUUUUUGCGCUAAGCAUGUUGACAACAGUAUAGAGCGCAAGCAUGUGGUGAGUUAAUUGUCAUUUUUGGGAGAACUGUGCCUUUAAGAUCUGUCCAGGUGUCUGUAACUGUCUUCCAUGUUUUUCCAUCUAGAUUUGAUUUUAGAUUGUCUUAGAUUUUUUUCUUUUGUCAUUCCAAAAUAAAUUCAUUUUAUUGUU